CAUUUAUCAUAAUCCGUGGUUUUGUAGUCCGUUUACUAAGAUAUUAUUAUAUGCCGUGAGCCCGUUGUGUAUUCGAAGUAUACAAUAAUAAAAGAGUUUUUAAAAGAGCCCUAGUACAACUGUUGUUGUUACAGACUACCACUAUUAUUAUAAAUAGAUUAGUGGAUUAGCACUGAAUAGAUUAGUCUCAUGCUCUCGAAUUUCGACUCUCCGUGAUAUUAACUGUUUACUAGGUAUAUCAUGAUUCCUGAUACUCUCAUGGAAAAUUUGAAAUUAUGCUGCGUCCAUAGUAAUAUAGUUUCACGUUGGACGUUUAAUGUAUAAACUAUAAGAAAGCCACUGCCUUUGUCAAUUGUCAUUUAUCAUUCCUAUGGCUUAUGAUUGUGAGAAACGGUUAUUGAAACAAUUUCUGGAUGGGGUUGAAACAAAUGAACUAUGUAAAAUCGUCCGAUCCAUCUACCAUGGUGGUGGAAUAUCUGCAAAUACCAGAGAAGAUGCCGAAUUGUUACUAUUGUCUCAACCUGCUGUGCGGGUACUAUCCAAUAAAAAAGUACAAAUAACUACGUUGUUGAAGUUUUUAAUUUCAAAAGGUUUAAUACCUACUACUGAUAUGACCAAAGCAGAUUUGUGUUUGGCUUUUAAGUCAUUAAUCGAAAGUCAGCCAGACUAUAUCAGACCGCCAGUACAACCUAUUCAAAUGUCUGUCCCUAAUAAUAUGCUUGAAGUUUCUCAGAAUAACAAUAUGAUGCAUACUCAACCAUAUCAAGCAGCUGUCCAAAUGAUGCCUAUGCCAACACCAAUUACCAAUGCACUAGAACCCAAUACAAAAUCUCGGAAAGAUCGUGAUAAUGAAUUACUAGAAGAAUUUAUUGAAAUGUUUGCUAAACAUUUUUAUGAUUUAUUAAAUGAUCUUG